AUGGUGUUCCAACAUACAAACAAACUCAAAUUCGAUCUAUGGAAGGGUGAUGUUGUUCUGCAAGAUCUCUAUCUCAAGCCUGAUAUUCUCACUGAAUUCAACCUUCCGAUUACGAUCAAGAAGGGUUAUCUUCGAAAACUAUCUCUUCAUAUAUCAUGGAAACAUUUCUAUGCGCAUCCGAUCAGAAUCAAUAUCGAUGGAUUUUAUGUCCUUGCUGAACUCAAGACAGAUGUGAAAUAUAAUGCAGAACAGGAAGAAAAAAAGCAAUACAAGGCGAAAAUGAAAGAAGUACAUAAGGUAGAAGAGUUUCGUAAAGCACAGGAAGAAUUCGAACGAGCAAAACGAUUGCCGAAAGAUCAGAAUACACACCUCGAACGUUUACGAUUACAUCUUAUGCGUCAUCUUGAAAUAUCCAUAAGCAAUAUUCACCUUGCUUUUGAAGAUGCGAAAACAAAAGUUGAGCAUCCAUUUACAUUUGGCAUUACGUUGAAUUAUAUUAAAUUUCAUACAACGAAUGAGGAGUGGAAUCAGAUCUCAACAUCUUCCGAUGAUUCAGCGAUUGUUUACAAGUUCGGCGAAUUGAAUGCUCUGUCGAUCUACUGGAAUUCAAAUAUCAAAUCAAAAUUAUCGGAAGAUAAUCUUAUUGAUGAAUUGCAUGCAAAGAUUAUGAGAAAUGAUGGAGAAGUCAUUGAAAACAUGUCUUAUGUUUUACAACCACUCAAUAUUGAAAUGAAGUUACAAAUUGCAUCGAUACCAAGUGAACAGGAGCAUGUGCAACCUGUUCUCGAUGUUCAAGUUGAUUUCGGAAAGUCUUAUUUCAACAUCAACCGUAAUCAGUAUAUCGAUCUUCUCGAUCUUUUCGAACAUUGGGACUAUAUCACAUUACAAUCGAAAUACAUAAAAUACUAUGAAACGGUCGAGUCAGACAAUCCAAAGAUAAAACGUUGGAAGUUUGCCUAUGCCGCAAUUCUCAACGAAGUUGUUCGGCCACGUUUAUCCUACCAUCAGUGGGAAAAUAUGCGAGAAAAUCUCAAUCGCUGUCGCGAAUACAACGCUCUUUAUUUAAAAAAGAAGACCGACCAAGCAACAAAACAGGAAAAAGAACGCAUGCGUGAGUUGGAAAAACUACUUGAUGCUCUGAAUUUAGUUUUUAUUCGGCGAAAUAUUGAUCUUGAGAUCAAAAAGAAAAAAGUUGAACAAAAACAUAAGUCAACAUGGGAAUGGCUGUCUACGUGGUGGAAUAAUGCAUCAAACAACGACAAUUUCGGUUUAGAUCAAGAAGAUGUAAUGACCAUUGACGAGGAGGUAACCUUGUACAGUUCUAUUGACGACAAAGAUAUUUCGCAAUCGCCAACUUGCUCCGAAGAGUACGUGGAUAUGAAAUUAGCAAUUCGGCUGGAUUUACUCCAGAUCAACAUUUGGUCGACUCUGAAUGAAAAUGAUUCACAGUUUGUUCGCAUUACGCAGAUUGAUGUAUUGAAUACGAAUGUACAAUACCAACGACGUCCAGCAACUUCCGCUUUUCUGACUAUCGUCGAUAUUGAUGUACUGGAAAUUUAUGGUGUUCAAACGGACAAUCCUACUCCGAAAUUACUUCAAUUGACGAACAAGUCCCAAAAAGUAGUCCACAUUGAAUUUGAAACAGAUAUAGCAAAAACAAAUAUUGAUUUUCGAGUUCAUGCCAAGUCACCAACGAUUGGCAUCGUUUAUGAUGCAAUGACUAUGAAUAGUCUCGUGGAUUGUUUUUAUCCAGGUGUUUAUCGUGACUUAAAAGGAGUUAAGAAGAAAAUCUAUUCGAUGUACAUGGAUAUUCGACAUCGAAUGCGAUUCCUACUUGAUUAUAAUAUUCGAAAUAUAAAGAAUUUGGAUAUUGAUAUCGAUCUUCAAUCGAUUUAUUUCAUUCUACCUGAAAAUGGUGUUUAUCGAUCGGCUGAUUGUUCGUUGGCUUGUUUCGACUUCGGACAUUUGAAGAUGCAAGGUGGCCGUGAGGAAACUACAGAUCAGAUCGACGAGGAAACAUUCGAAGAUGCUCAAAGUCAUCUGGAUAUUCUUGAUUCCUCUUACGUUCCCAUAAAAGUUCAAUUGGAAGAUAUUCGAUUCUUUUAUUCUCUAUCCAAUGAAAAUUGGGGAAAUCUUCAAUGUGAUCGAAAUUCUCCAAUAUAUCUGAUUCAACCGUAUACCAUCAAUGUGGAUAUAAACAAAUGUAUCUACGUCAAUGAUCCUGUCCUACCACUUUGGAAAAUCAACGUCAAUGUUUCGUCUGUAAAUUCUCGUUUGUCAGAUGAACGUAUUUUUGGCAUAAUGAAACUGAUUCGUUCGAUUCCAUUACCGCAAUUGGAAAACAUGCCGAGAGAGAAAUAUACUAUCGAAGAAUUAUUCGUCAUCGAAGACACACAACCAGAAAAAAAUACGAAGAAACUCUUUCAAACGGUUGAAAACAUGGCAAGAUUGAAAAAGAAACUACAAAAUGACGAUUUGGAUGCACAACCAACGGAAGUCGAUGGCACUUUAAAUAUCCCUUACAUUGAUAUUCUUUUUCAAAAAUCAACUUCUGAUCAAAUCCAACCAUUCGUUCGCUUUUCAUUCAUAUCGCUCACUGCUCAAACAACGAUCAAAACAUUCCAUAUCGAUUUACAAGCCUCUCUGACAGACUUUCUCAUCACUCACGAACAGUUUCUUACUUCGACCAACGAACCACUUCGUUUAUUCUCCACUGCAGAUAAAAAUAACCUACUCGACAUGAAAUGUUUGCUUACUUCGCCGGAAAAUCCAUCAUUCUAUUCCGCUCCUUACAACCAAAUUGAAAAUAAAGUUCACGUACAGCUCAGCAAGCCUCUUGCCAUGUUACAAAUCGAACCACUGGCAUCAAUUGUCCUGUUUCAAAAUAAUCUGCUGUAUAAAAUAUCGAAAUUACCAUUGCAAAAGAAUCUGCCGUCGAACGUUGAAGCAACGACCGACAACGGAAAAUAUUACGAAAAGCGGCCCACGUCAAAGUUCGAAAUUCACCUCGAUCAAUUUCGCAUCAUCAUCGGCACCGAGUUCUCGCAACUACUCGACAUUCACUUUCGUGAUUUCUCCCUCGAUAUAACUCAGACGAUUAAAAAAUUUGCAAUGAAGCUCAUUCUUACCGACCUUCACAUACACGAUCUACAUGCUCAAACUCAAUAUCGAAACACCAUGAUCCAAGAAAGUCCGGACAUACAAGUUUUAUAUCUCGAUUUCAUCGCGUACAACCAUCCGAAAAUUUUCAAGAGAAAACUGCAUGACGUUGAUUACAAUAUUAAAUUGUAUUUGAACAAAAUGCGUCUCGUCUUGUUGUAUAAAUAUAUUGACAUAAUUCUCAAUGCGUGGAACGCUUUUCAACCGAAACGAGCCAAUGUUUCUCCCGUCGUGCCGAACACAUUCGAGGAUAUGGUUGAUAAAUUUCAAAGGCAAAAUUUGAGAAUCUGCUUCGAUGUUAUUCUUAAUGCGCCGACAAUUUUCCUUCCAGUGGAUACUCACUCCAGAGAAGGAAUUUUCAUUGAUCUUGGUGAAUUGACGUUACAAACGAAGCCAUCGGACAACCAUCCAAACCAAUCAGUAAUCGAACGAGAAGAGCUUAUUUUUACGGAUUUUCACAUCUGCCAUCGUCAUCUCAAUGACAAUAACGAAAUUUCAAGUGACACGGUUCUUGUCCAAUGCGAAGAUUUUCACGCAUGGAUACAACGUGUAUUAUAUUUAGGCGAAAGUCAAACGCAACCAGAAAUUUCCAUCAAAAUCGAGUGGAAAACCAUUGAUGUGACUAUAUCAAACGAAGAUUAUUCGUGUGUUAGGAGCAUAUUGAAGAGAAAUUUCUCGGAAAAAGUAUCUCUGCAAUCGUUCGAGCAGCAAAUACUUGAGGAUGAACCAACCGAAGUGAUUCGUACCCAGCGAACGAUUGUAAAGGAUUCAAAGAAGAUGCAAGUUGAUUUUGAAAUCGACAGAAUUACGUGUGUCCUUCGGUUUAAUCAAGAUAAGUUUCUUCGAACGAUUAUUCAAACAGUCGAAGCUCAUUUUCAACAACUCUCCGACGCUAGUUACAACGCCAAAGCUCAAAUUCAACAGAUUAUUCUAGAUGAUACACAUGAAACACAUCUGUUCAAUCGUAAUUCUCAUGUCAGUCCCCAAACACCAAUGUUUCUGGCUACCAUUGAAUUUGUAACGAAUAUUCGACACGUGAACAUUCAAUUGGAAAGUUUCUAUCUGUGGUUGACUCCUGACUGCUUGGAAACAUGGAUCAUGUUCUUCACUUCAACUCAAUUCAUAAUUAAAGAAGAACAAUCGCAGAUAGUGACAAUGACGGAUAACGUGCCAUUACCCGCAAAAUGCGUUUCACGAUAUCAUCAUCAGCAGCAAGAUUCAUCAUCGAUAUCAUCUUCGUCGAAGAGCACGUUGCCAUCCGAUAUUAUAACAAAAAUUGAGAUUCUGGUUAAAACUUCCCAGUUAUCCUGGUUGGAAAGUCAACCGAGUUCAAAUCCGGAUUGCCUUGUUCUUGAUUUCAUGUUUCAAAUGCAAUUGAACAUUGCCUUUGGAGAAACUCAAUUGCAUAGUUCCAUCAAGGAUCUUCGUGCGUACCUUUCGAAAUUUGCUCAUUUGAAAGAUUGGAAAUUUCAAUCUCGUGUUUUACAACCAACAAGUAUCGAUGUCGUUUUAAAUAGGAAAACAACGGAUGAAAAUUUCGAUGUUUCUAUCGAAAAUAUGCUUCUUAAUAUCUCUCCAGUCUUAGUUCGAAUGGUUGGUAUUUGGAUAAAGUUGAUAAACGAGUGUAAAGCAACGACCUUGGCAGUGGGCUCAAAGCAACAAAUGGAAACAUCUCUAUUCGAUCCAAAACCAUUUAAAGAUGGGUCAUUCUGGUUUCUAAAAGAUACGGAAGUCAAACAGGAAAUGAUCGAACAGAGAGAUAUUCUAGAACUAGCAACUGGAACUCCGAUGGAAAACAAAACUAUAAUUGAAGAAGAAGAGAAAAGUACUAAUCAUCGCACAUCACAACAUUUUGACUUGAAUCUGAAACUCAUCGAAAUCAAGUGCGAAUUUGCUGGUAAUUCAAUGGUAAAAGAAGCUGUUGCGCUGUGUCUUUCGGAUCUGUCUGUUGACAUUCGAAAUUGGUCGAGUAAUAUGAGUUGUUCUUCACGAAUUCAUCUUGAAUUAGCUGUUUUCAACGAUCGUACACUUGCAUGGGUGCCAUUGAUCGAACCAGUGGUUGAUGAGCGCGGCGAAAUCGUUUCUCCUUGGUAUCUGACAUGUUCGACUGUAGUAAAUGAAAAUCAAAUGAGAUAUCCAUUGAAGCAUCCGGUUGUUGAAGAAGAACGAUCUGUGCGGCCUCACAGAUUAGGAUGUUUGGGUCAUCAGAAUUCAUUAUGCGCUACUGAAGAACAGUCCAAAGAUAUCGCAGAUAGCCUUAAUGCAAAAACCAAAAUUCAUAUACGUGCCGAACAUUUCUUGAGUAUGAUAUUGACGAAAACAAGCUUCGAUCUCAUUCAACGUCUGACGACAUCAUAUAUGAAUGCUUACAAUAAUAAAUUAUCAGUCAAUGAAGAUGGACCGAUGCUGUCCGUACACAAUUUAACAGGUUAUGAGGUUCUUCUUGAUGAUGUCAAAGAUUUCGAAAUGAUGGAUCAGUCAGAAAUACCGAUCCAACUGCAACAUGGAAAUUCAAUUUCGAUGACCAUUCCAAAAGAGCGAUUAUCGGCAACACAUCUUUCUGCAAUUACCGAUCACAAUAGUAGGAAACAACAAGAUCUAUCUAUUCAAUUGAAAAUGAAUAAUACGAAUACACAAGUCAAUAUGAAUUAUGCCACGAAACGAGUGUAUCAAUUAAGUCCAUCUGUUAUACCCGAUUGGCCCGUCGAAUUACUUUGCGAUUCUCAUAUUUACAAUAACUCUCGACGAUUAGUUCUUAGUUCCAUUGUUAAAGUUUACAAUCGGACUGUUUUGCCUCUGAUGAUCUUGGAUAUUGAUUCGAUUGAAACGAAAAGCUAUCGAACAUUGUGCCGAGUGGAUGCAAAUGAUGAAUGUUAUCUUCCCAUCGAACCUCUGUACAUACGUUCAACUUCUCGACUAUUUAUCAGCUCAGAUGAAACUGAUUUUAUUUCAUUCGACUGGAGAAAUGAAACUGCCGUCGAUCGUCGAUUGAAGAGAGAAAACAGUGAAGAAAUACACCUUGUGAUACGGAAAGAAACUAUCAAUGCAUAUCUCGGAAAUACGGAUGAGUCGAGUCGAGCUUGUUUUCAUAUUUAUAUUCAUCAUACUCUUCGUUUAAUUAAUCUCUUGCCUAUCGACGUUCAAUGCCUAAUUGAUUCGAAUAGUCCAAUCGAUCUGAAACCAAGUGAACUUCACCAUAGUACAUCCGGCAGUAAACAAUCUGUACUUACUUUUCUUAUUCCAUCGUACAACAAUAUGAAGUGGGUUUCAGAAGCAAUUGAUUUAACCACUAAAGGACACGGUAAUCACAAUGAACAUUUGGUAGUUUUCCACGAAGCUCAAUCAAAUGAGAUAUUGAGAAUGAUCUUGCGUGUUGAUACGUAUCAAGGAUCAUUUCGUGCGGUCUUGUAUUCACCAUUUUGGAUCGUUAACUGUACGAAUCUUGAACUGGAAUUUAAGAUUGAAAACGAUAUAACUCUAGUCAAUGUUAGUGACUCACCGUUUUUCGUUUGUCCAAAGAAAAUUGAUAACGAAGUGCACAAUCGAAAAGCACAUGUUCGCGUCCACCCUGCUGAAGAGGAAGACAACGGUUCUACAUCUCAAUGGUCGGAAGAUUUCACUCUUUAUGUUAUUUCUAGUGCGGGUGUAGCGAAUUGCAAAGUAUCUGAUGACCGAACCUAUAUGAUUUGUGUUCAUAUAACAACAACUUCAUUUUGCAUGACCAAAAUUAUCAAACUGUCGUCCUCUAUGGCUAUUAUCAAUAAUUCCACGAUUGAUCUUGAAGUUAACGAACCCGUGCUGGGAAUUCAAGACAAUAAAUGGCACGGAGUCAAAUCCAAUGAAAUCAUCCCAUUUUGGCCACAGAAUGUCAAAGAAGGUGUUAUGUGUGUUCGAUAUGCGAAUAAGCCAAACGUAUCAUCACUGAAUUUUCCAAUGUAUGAUCGACAUCAAACAUUGCUACGCAUGGAUGAUGAGGAUCGUUCGAGUCUUCGUGUAGAAGUAUCGGUGAUUGAAUCUUUGGGUAUUCACAUCGUUUUCAGUGAUUAUCAGCAUGGCGAUGCACCUGUUUUACUUGUCAAUUGUUUAAGAAAUCGAUCAAUUGUGUAUUAUCAACAAGAAGAUCCAGAAAUGGUAAAUUUGUUACCCCAACAUUACGUUUAUUAUACAUGGACUGAUAUGUUCAAACCGCGUAAAUUGACUAUUGCAUGUGACAAUCAGCACAUCACCCUUGAGCUUCUCCCUGAUUGCGGUUGUUUGGAAGCAAGCAGUACGAAUCGUGUGUUCUACACUGUAUUUCGUGAUGGUCCUCAAACGAUUGUCAUUUUCGCAGAAGAAAUUUCGGUGAUCAAGUCCGUUUCAGACUUUGCCAAUGGAACUCUCUCUCCGAACAACUUAAUGGAUCAAUAUAUUGACAUUAGUAUUCAUGAAAUUGGCCUGUCGAUUGUCAAUGAUCUCACACAUCAAGAACUCAUUUACUUAACGAUCAACAAAUCGAAGGAGAUGUGGACAGAAACUCGGCAAUCGGUGAUAGAACCACUUUCCGGAAGACUCAAUCAUCGACUGGAAAAGAAAUAUCGCGCUCACGUCAAAUCAAAUGAAUCUGAAAUGGAGAGAAAAACAUAUCAUGUCGGUAGACAUCGCCGUGCUUCAUUCAUGGGAAACUCGGCGGAUAUUAUCGAUCAAAACGAUCGACGGAUACGAAUUCAACGCCAAUCACUUGAUGGACUACGAUUUCGAUGUAGUUGGUCAACGACAAAUGUUGCUUAUCAUCUACGCAUCAAUCAUAUUCAAGUCGAUAAUCAACUAGAGUAUACGUUGUUACCAGUAAUCCUUCGUCCGGUAAAUUCACCUACAGGGCAGAAGCCAUGUAUUGAACUGAGUGCUUUGAAAAUAAUCAAUACACGCUCGAAUACUGUUUAUUUCAAAUAUUUCAAAAUCGUGUGCCAAGAAGCGAUGGUGCGUCUUGAUCAAGGUUUAAUGGAUGCGUUUCUUACAUUCAUCGAAACGGAAGAGGUGGGUUUUUUCACAAAAACGAUAAAUUCGCAUGUUGAAUAUUUACAGAAAUCGACAAAACUGACGAUCGAUAUGAAUUCGGACUUAAAAGCACUUAGAAAAGGCUUUGAGAAGCUUGUUGAAAAACAAUCGAAUGAAACAAAAAUGUACUUUGGUUGUAUCCAUGUCUCCCCAAUAAAAAUCCAUGUCAGUCUGUCAUCGAACGGCCCCAAGCCAAAUCAAUUCGUUCUUGUCGAUUACCCGUCAAUUGACUAUUUCAUUCAAAUAUUAAAUUAUGUGAGAGUUCACGAUAUAAUUUUGAAGCUGAAUUACUACGAACGAGAAAACGAUCGAUUUACCUUCAAUAAAUUGAUAGAUGAGGUUUAUGAGCAUUAUUUGAAUCAAAUUUGGAAGCAAGUGUAUGUCGUCCUACUGGGCCACGAUGUACUUGGAAAUCCUUUUGGAAUCAUUCGGGAUGUUGCUCAUGGUGUGAAAGCACUUUUCCACGAACCAUAUAAAGGUGGUGCUAUCAAAGGUCCACUUGGAUUUGCUGAAGGAAUGGCCGUAGGAACAGAGCAUUUAAUUGGUUCAGCUGUAGGCAGCGUUGCUGGCGUGGGUUCCAGACUCACGAAUGUCAUUAGUAAAGGUUUAGCUACAUUAACAUUUGAUGAAAAUUAUGUAAAUAUUCGCACUCAACGUAAGAAAUCUCGCAAACAAACGACAUCAGAUAUUGUCAAUGGUGGAAAAAGCGUUGCUAAGGAUGUUGUACAUGGUGUGAAAGAUGUUGUUAAAAAACCAAUAGCUGGUGCUAAAGAAGAGGGUGCUGCAGGUCUAAUGAAAGGAUUAGGUAAAGGUUUUCUCGGCGUCGUCGCGCGGCCAACAAGUAGUGUUGCUAAUCUGACUAGUACAUCGUGUGACGUUCUCAAACGGACUGUGACACACGGCGAUAUUAUUCAUCGUAUUCGACGCUCGCGACAUAUCGGCACUGACUUUCUUAUCCGACCUUCGAUCGCUGAUGAAGCAAAAGGUCGUUUUAUUUUCAAUAGACUUGAUAACAAGAAAUACAUUCAGUCAGAUGACUAUAUUGCUCAUAUAAAUUGUCUCGAAAAUAAUGUACUUGGUUGGUUUAUGAUCACAUCGAAACACAUUAUGUUCAUCAAAGAUACGUCACAUAGUUCUGAUGUCUACGGAAUUGAAUGGCACUUUCAAUAUAAAGAAUUAAACGAAGCGCCGAAGAUGAAUUUUCUGUUGAAUCAAAUCGAAAUCAAUUUAAAAGAAGCUAAAUUACGUCGAAGAAUUAACAGACACCGAGAACGUGAAAAGAUUAUUUCGUUUGAGGAUCUUGGUGACGCUCGAUAUAUUGUUGAUCGAAUUACAGAAAUAAUGCACGCAAUUGAAUUAUAA